GAGAAUUUUUCUUUUAUUGCAUUAGGAGAAGGAACAUCGACAAAACCAUAUAUAUUUCAAAACAUCUCAAUUUAUAUGUGAAAUCAAUAAGGAUUCUGACUUGAAAGAGUACAGAUUUUUAUUUCCUUGCAAAUAAUAUUCUAGAUAUUUCAUUUAAAUACCAUUUAAUCCCUGUCCAAACUCUGCAGAUCAUAGAAUCAUAGAAUCAUUAAGGUUAGAAAAGACCUUCAAGAUAAUCUGGCCUUCUUGGCCAACUGGGCACAUGUUCAGGCGAGUAUCGACCAACACAGAAUAACAGUUGAGGUUGGAAGGGAUCUCUGAAGGUCAUUUGGACCAACCCCCCAGCUGAGCAGGAUCACCUAGAGCACGUUGUGUAGGAUGGCGUCCAGGCGGGUUUUGAAUAUUUCCACAACCUCUCUGGGCAACCUAUUCCAGUGCUUUGUCACCCCCACAGUAAAGAAAUUUCCUCUCAUAUUCAGACGGAACUUCCUGUGCUUCAGUUUGUGCCUGUUGCAUCUCAUCCUCUCUCUGGGCACAACUGAAAAGAGACUGGCUCCAUCCUCUUGACACGCUCCCCUCAGAUAUUUAUACACAUUCAUGAGAUCUCCCCUUAGUUUUCUCUUUUCCAGACUAAACACGCCCCGUUCUCUCAGCCUGUCCUUGUAUGACAGGUGCUCCAGUCCUCUAAUCAUCUUAGCAGCUCUCCUCUGGACUUGCUCCAGUAGCUCUAUGUCCCUCUUGUACUGGGGAGCCCAGAACUGGACACAACACUCCAGGUGUGGCCUCACCAGGGCUGAGCAGUGAGGGAGGAUCACCUACCCCCAGAUCCUGUUCCUCUGCACAGCUUUCCAGCCACUCUGCCCCAAGCCUGUAGCGCUGCAUGGGUUGUUGUGGCCAAAGCGCAGGACCCGGCGCUUAUCCAUGUUGAAUCUCAUCCCGUUGGCCUUUGCCCAUCAAUCCCUCUGCAGGGUCUUCCUACCCUCUGGCAGAUCCCCACAUAUUUAACAUGUCAGUGUUCAGAAAUAUAAAGAAAACACAGAAACAUCAUGAGCUGUAUAGCGAGCUCACAAAUACAAAUUUUCUUUGGCCAUGGAGUGCCUCCUCUUUGCCAUUAAUGACACCAUUACUACCUUCAAACACUGUUGUGCUUUUGCAUACUGUUGCCAGACUGGGUACACUCAUACCAGCUCUAGCUGCAAGGGUGUUUGGGCCGAUGCUUGGCAGCGGGGGUUAGAAAGAGCGGCUGCCUGUUAACAGUCAAGCAUGACUCACAUAACAGGCCGCAUGCUCCAUACGCAAAACAUGUGGUUUCAAAAAAAAACAGAUGCAACCACCGAGUGCCAGCCUAUUAAUUAAUUAUCACACACUUCCUUUUAUGUCUCGCCGCUCAUGUUUUGGAAGUAUUAUGGUAAUUAUUCACAGCAUGUUUCAGUGCCCGGGGUGUUGCAGAACAGAUAUUUAGACACUGGGUUCCUCAGUGAGCCCAGACACUCAGACACGCUGGUCCUCGGGCAGCAGGGAUGGAGGAGCCCAGGACACAAGCCCCAAGCCUCAGCAGGGCCGCGGGCGUUGGGUGAGGUAAGCGUAGCGCUGCCCGCGCCUCCAUUUCUCGCCCCAAGGCCCGCGAGGGCGGGCGGCUACUGGGGCGCGGCGCAGGCCCCGUCACCAUGGCAACCACCGGGCCGCCGAGGGCGGGGCGAGGCUUCGGGGAUGUAGUGCGCAUGCGCGGUGCCGCUUCCGCCCUCAUCCCGUCCCCCUGUCCGGUAUCUCCGGGCCCAAGGAGGGGGCGGGGUGCUAAAUUUAGACACUUGCGCAGAACGGGCUACGGAGGGAGGCGGCGUGCGGCGCAUGCGCCCCGCGCCCCCCCUGCUCCCGCGUGGGUGUCGCGGCGGGGUGGGCAGGGGACGGGGGGCUCGGAUACAAACCGGAAGCGGAAGGGCCGCGCGCCAGUAAACCGCUGCUCGCUCCCUCUCUCCCUCCCUCCGGCCGGGCGGCUGCUGCUGGCCCAACCGCCACCGGGCCCCGGCCCUGCCCCGCCCCGCCCGCCCGGGGGAGGGGCUCCCUCCCGCCGCCGCCGCCGCCGCCCUCGUUGCUGCCUGGAGGUGCUGCCGGCCCAUCGCCGCCUCGCCCGCGUCUUCCCUGCCCGGCGGCCGCGAUGUCCGACAAAGAGUUCAUGUGGGCCCUCAAAAACGGGGACCUGGAUGAGGUGAAGGACUACGUGGCCAAGGGUGAAGAUGUCAACCGGACACUUGAAGGUGGGAGGAAGCCUCUUCACUAUGCAGCAGACUGUGGACAGCUUGAGAUUCUGGAAUUUCUGCUAUUGAAAGGAGCUGAUAUUAAUGCUCCAGACAAACAUAAUAUUACACCACUCUUAUCAGCAGUCUAUGAGGGCCAUGUUUCCUGUGUGAAAUUGCUUCUGUCAAAGGGUGCUGAUAAGACUGUGAAAGGCCCAGAUGGACUAACUGCCUUUGAAGCCACUGACAACCAGGCAAUCAAAACUCUUCUUCAGUGACGGAUGGACUGAUAUCUUAAAUGUCUCUCCUGUGGCCUCACACUGCUGCCUGUCUGUCACUCUUUGCAUCUUCCAGCUUCUUCAGCUAAAUACUUUGGGGGGAGGGAAAUUCUUUAUGAAUCAGACUAGUUAGGGGCCUGUAUCGAAGAUAACCUGUUUGGAGAGGGCUGAAAACAAUUAUGAGCAGUGUCCCUCUAGGACUCCUUUUCAGUGCACAAUCUCUUCCCAUUUCUAGUGAAAACAGAAGAAGAGAGACCAUGAUCUUGAAUUUUGGCUUGUAAACCUUCUAGGUUAGUACUAAGAUUUUCAUUGGAAGAUUACUUUAGAUGGAAAGUACUGUGCUAUGUACCUGAAACUAAUUGUGAAGGGGACAAUAGUCCCAUGCUAUUAGUGUCUGCUAUAAUCUGAAGUGUAGUAAUGUAGGUGGCUGGGUUGCUUUUCUCUCACUUCUCUCUGGGUAGCUUUAUUCUUCCUCUGCCUAAAGCUUACGUUGCAGUUUUGAGGACUUUUGAUACUAGUUAUUGGAGCUGGUCUUUUUAUUGACUAAUUGGAUGUCACACUAAUAUUUUUUCUGACUCUUGAGUAAACCAGAAAAGAUGAGUUGAGGCAUGGUGUUACACUCCAGAAUAUCUGCCAACGUAGUUCUGGAUGCUUGUAUUUGAGGUUUUUUUUCCUUUGCAUGUUCUAGUCCAAGACAGGUUUAAAACAACAGUUUUUGAGAAAGUUAAAAACAUCAUUGCACUUAUUUCUAAAAAUGAUUAGAAAAGAUAGAAUUUAUUCUUUAUUCACUAUGUCAGCAUAAAAUUUAUCCACAUGCAAAAGCUCCAGGCUGUUUUGUAUGCAAAGAUAAUCAAGUCGUGCAAAAUAAACAGUAAUAAUUUAGACAUAAAUGUCAGGUAAAUAUAGUUGUUAAACUUCUCUGGUAAUUUAAAUACUUGGGAGUUUUCUAAGUUGAGAUGUUAAGAACAGAAAGACUUAGAAGUUGAAAGCUUCACUUGCUCUAUGGCUGGGGAAGGCAAAGUAAUUGUGGGUAUCCUUGAUUUGGUGCUUCAUUAUUGGCUGAACAAACCUCUUAAAUUUCAUUACUAAAGCAUGGGGCUUGUUCUGAAAGUUCCCACUACAACCAAACCACAUUAACCAUUGACUUCUAGAUAUGACUUAUUGUACCAGUAAAUAUGACAGUGCUAUUGAGAGCCUCGACAACUCAUGAGGCGGUAUUUAAGAAAUUGUUAGAGAUUCCUGUCACAUCCUAUAGUCCUCAGGAAUGCCUGAGCUUCUGGCUUUCAUCUUGAGAAUUUUCAUUAGAAUGCUGAUUCACCCAAGACUGAACAACAGGUUUUUUUAAACAGAAUUGAGUACCACAAACUAUAAAUCUUUUUUUUCUUUUUUGAAAACAGAUUUCAAACUUUCUGAUAACAUAUACAGAAUACAGAAAACAAUGUAUAUAGUAUCUCAUGCUGAAUUCAUUAAAGUAGCUGAUACUACUUUGAUAUCGCUGUUGAAAUUGAGAGGAUAUGUAGAAAUAGGCUGGUGACUACAACUCAUAAAUAUUUAAUGGAGACUUAGUUUUACUGGAAUCAUGUUGCAUAUUAUUAUUGAAUGUUUCAGCUAUAAAAAGCCUUGCAUUUAGAUUGUAAAAUAAGAACAAACUGAUUUACACAUACAUGUACAUUUAUAUCCCAUAAGGAAAACAAUGGAGCAAACAAUCAACUCUGGCCAUCAACAGUGCAGUGCAAUUACUUUUUGCUUCUUGGAUAUGGGUGUCGAGGAAGAGCAGAAAGAUUGGAAAUGAGUGAUAAAUCAAUUGGUGAGCUGCUGAUAAAAGAUGAAGCAUGUUUGGUGAACAGUGCUUUUAAUGACUAUUUAAAGAGAACUCUUUGAUCUUAUCUCUGAUCAGUGCUGAAUUGUCAUGUCAUUGUAGUAGUGUUUGAACACAGACUAUAGGUUUAACUAUUCAGCUAUAAAAGUAACCAUCUUUGGCAUAAAUUUGCCUCCAUAUUAUGCUAGUCAAUACUUAGCUAUUAAAGUACUAGUCUAGAAAACUGCAAUCUGUUUUUAUGUGGAAAACUUGAUUAUUCAAGUUUGUAUUGAUUAGUGUCAAGUUGUCUGGCCAUAGUGUUUGUUUUUUCUCUCUGUAUUCUUUACUGCACUUCCCUUAAACUAGCUUCAGUGAGCAUUAUAAUAGUAAAGAAACAUCAUCUUUGUACUAACUCUUGCGGUGAUUCACUGAGGUAAUUUUGCCUCCCUUUUUCUACAGUUACGUGAACACCUUGUUUUUUUCUUACUUCACUUGAGGGGAAAAAAUGCAAACAAACUUCAGUGAGACAAGUAUUAAUUUGGCUGUAAUAUACACCCAAGCUGCCUUUCCAGUUCGUUAAAAGAUGGCAUUUAAUGUUUGAUUUGUAAAGAAGAAAUACUCUUUCGCUUUUUGCACUACAUGAGAGGUGAUUGAUCAUUUUGUCCAGGAUUAAAAAAAAAAAGCUAAAUUUUUUUGUAAUUCUCUAGAAACUGGGCUUGUUCAUUCAUUCCCUUCUUGUUAAUUAUAUUGUGGGGAAAAACUAAUGGGUGGGUGCCUGUAUCUUUGAGUAGGUCCUAACUAGAUGAAAAUACCAAACUGUAAAUUAUUUUACAUUCUUUAAAGAACAUUUAAAUACUUUGUCCGACUGGAAUCACAUACACUUCGAAAUCCACUCUGUUCUUAAACCUUUUCCUUUGAAACUUGUGCUGAAUAACUUAUAACCUAAAAUGUAUUUUGGAUUUUGUACCCUCUGCUCCUUUUUGUUAAGGGGGAGCAAAUUGGAAAAGGAAUAUAGUAGUUAAAUGGAACUUAUCCUUGAAUAUGACAUUGAAUUAUUAGUAGAAGAGGCUGGUAAGAGUGGAGUGUCCUAGGUCAAGCAAUUGCAGUGUUGCAUGCAAAAUUUCAAAAUGAACUUGUCUUAAUUAUAUUUUGUAAAUGGAUAAACAAUCAUCUUUCUACGCAGUGAUGGAAGAAAAUUAGUGCUCUGUGCAUUUUGAUAUUGGACUUCCUCUUUUCGCCAUUGUUAACUGUUUUGACACAGUUGGUUUCAUUAUCAUGGUUCAUAGACAUCAGAAUGCUAAAUGAUACUGUAUUUUUAAGUUUGUGUUGCAAGAAUGAAUGGAAUAAACUUGAAUUGUGCGA